AUGAGCGACGAGAUGGAGACCACAAUUGAGAGUUCUAGCCUAUUGGUGAGUGGGUUAAAAAGGAAGAGUGAGAAUGUCGGUGAGGAACCGCAUUUGGAGGCUGCCAUUAAGCGAGUAGCCUUGAAUGAAGAAGAUAUUACUAAGGAUAAUACGAGUGUUAAAACUGAGGAAGAUGAAGUAUCUGAGAGUUCUAGAAAUUCUAGUAAUAAUAAUCCCGAUCAUGUGAAUCUGCGGAUGUUAUGUCUCGUGAGAGACGCAUCAUUGAUUGUUGGACCUAAAGGUGAGACUAUUUCAAGGAUUAAAAAUGAAACAUCAACGAGGAUUAAUGUUUCUGAAAAUAUUAGAGGUGUUCCUGAACGUGUUGUUUAUUUUAGAGGUUCAUGUGAAGAUAUUGCUAAGGCGUUUGGUAAAGUGAGUAGAAUUCUAAGUGGUGCCACAUUAAGGGAAGAACAAGAAAACAAUGAAACACAAGAAGAUUCCAGUGAAGAUCAGGAUAAAGAUAUAGAGAACACGAUCCCAAUUACUGUACAUUUACUCAUACCCCAUCAUCUAAUGGGAUAUGUCAUUGGGAAACAUGGUUCACGUCUUAAGGAAAUAGAAGAAUUAAGUGCAGCAAGGCUAUCAGCAUCUCCUUAUCAACUGUUACCAUCAAAUGAUAGAAUAUUAAAAGUGACGGGUGUUGCGGAUGCUUUACACAUCGCGACUUUUUAUAUUGCACAAACUAUGACUAAUUUCAAAGAUAAUUUAAGAAAUAAGAAAACGAUAUUUUAUCAACCGGGGCCAAUGUAUUCUGUUCUUGGAAAAAAUAAUCAUUAUCACAAUAAUAGUAAUAAUAGUAAUUCCAGUAAUAAUAGUUAUCGUAACAGAAAUGGAAUUUCUUCGAGGGGACCCAUGUAUAUGAUGGUACCGCUACCACUAAACAAUGGACCAAACAAUCAAUCUGGAGCUGUAUAUACACCAGAAACUGCUGCCAAUGCAACCUCGUUUGUUCCAACUCUACAGAUUCCAAACGUUAGAGUGGUUGAAAUACCACCACAAUCACAACAACCAUUAGUACAACAAGAUGUAUAUAUUGACGAGAACUUUGUAGGGAACAUCAUCGGUAAGGAAGGGAAACACAUCAACUCGAUUAAGGAGACCACUGGCUGUUCUAUCUUCAUCGAAGGUCCAAUUAAGGGUGCCAAAGAACGGAAACUAACAAUCAAAGGUACCCCAAUGGGCUCACAGGCGGCCAUCAUGUUAAUAAGCAACAAGAUCGAACUUGACAAAAAUAAUUCCAAUCGCCACAAUAGUAACUGA